AUGGUCGCUUUCAAAUCCCUCAUCGUGCUCCUUGCACUAGGCGUUAAGGCUCUCGCUGGUCCUGUGAAACCCGAGUCGCUAUUAUGCACCACGUUCCUCAGCACCAAGACCGUUAAGACUGUCCCUACAGCCACCACCAGUGUAGUCGAGAACAAAACCAUUAUUAAGAAGAUUUUUCGCCGGGUUAACGUCAUCGUCGUGCCCAGACCUGUAACGACUACUGCCCGUACAACUAAGACGGACACAAUCACCUUCACCGACGACAGUGAAAUUGCUACUGUAACGAUCACAUCUGACUUUUCUUUGGCCGACAAGUCCACCAAGACCAACUAUAGAACCUCUUGGGUAACUAGAAGCUCUAUGACUUCGACUACCACCACCAAAUCUUUUACGUCCACUGUAACUACUACACCUGUGGCCUUCACGGCUAUCCUGGAUAAUACCAAGUAUGUCGCGAGGCGGGACCUACCUCUUGGAAGUGUUACGGCCGAUUAUGUUUCCCCUGUCCUUCCUGUUUCUCCUCUAGAUGGGCAGCUCCCGCAGAGUGUUCGAUGCGUCAAGGCUGUCCCCAAGUACACCACCAAGGUCGUCACUACUCAGGUCCAAGGUCCACGACGCACUCUCAAGGCUGUUACCAAAACUUCGACUUUGACAUCUUCAACGAGUGUGGUUUCUACAUUCUAUCCGGAAGCUACUUCUACUUCUUACACCACUGAGUAUCAUGAAGUUGUCACAACGGAUGUUGAUGUCACGUCCACUACCGUCGUAAGCGAGACAGUGACUGUUGAAAGCUGGAUCCCGCAAGCGACCUUUUACAAUAUCUGUUCUAGCAGAAACAUGAUGCGGAGUGCCAAUGGAGGGUCUGUUAUCACAUACACAGAUGCCGGUGGAGUGAACUUUGCAGAGUUUGGAAAAGGAUUCACGGAGGUCUCUUGCUGCAAUGCAUGCGCGGCUGAUCCCUAUCGUAGGGGAACAACGUACCGCGCAUCCGAUACGAACUGCUUCGCGUAUAUCAGUCGCGACAAGUCAGUGUGUGGCACGUCUCGCAAUCUGCUCGCAAGAUACAUCACGCUAAGACCUUCUACCGAUAAGUCGGUAUACUCCAACGGUCCUUGCGGAUAUUGGGAAAAUGGUGGAGAGUAUGCGAGACCCCAAGCGGCAUGA